CCAAAGUGUGUGUGAGUGAGUGUGUAAACAACAUCAGUCUCAGUGAUAGCCUCAGGUGAUCCUGCCUCGUGCUCGUCGCUGAGCUGAGCUGAUUGGACGGCUGUAACUGAGUUAGCGAGUGAAAACACUCCGAGGGGAAGGUGGCAGCCAGCAAUGAACCGACCAGGUUUUGGUGGGGCUUCAUCAUCCAUGAGCUUCUCCACAAGGAUAACAGAAAAUGGAUGCUCACCCUCAGAUCUAACCGAGGAGGAUUUAGACAGUCUACGGAUUGAACUUUCAAAGAUGGAGGAUGAAAUUCAGACCUUGCGACAGGUGCUUUUGGUCAAAGAAAAAUAUGCCGCAGACAUCAGGAGGCAGCUGGGCAUGGGACCCCUCAGUAACUUCAAAGAGAACCUGUCCAAAGGCUGGCAUGACGUGCAGACCUCAUCCCCAUAUCUCACAGCCUCUGCCACUUUGGAGGACAUCAGCCACUCCGACAUUUAUGUGAGGACACGGGAGAAUCUCUCUCAUGCAGGACAGGUGACAUCUUCUGCGCUGUCCAAUAUGGGCGUGGCCAUCACCCGCAGUCUGGCACACAUGAGAGCCCUGCCUCUGCCGAGCCCACCACGCACCCUGAGCCACAGCAUGAGUGUGCCAGCUAUGAGGCAUUCCUCCACAUUCAAGUCUUUUGAGGAAAUGGUCGGCAAUGUGAAGGACAAGGUGACCGGCAGUCUGCCAAAUAAUGGUGACACCUCUGUGUUUGAAAGAAGAUCCUCACGCCACAGAUGAACCCUUCUCACAUGUCACAUUAAUUAUUUUUCAUACCAUGUGAAGCGAUGAAAGAAAUUUAUUUGAUUCUCAUGUCUCUGUGAAUUUGUCCAAUUAUUUCUGAUUGUUGUAUUAAUAUCAUAUGGAUAUUAGAAUGUAUUACAUUUGGAAUGGAAAAUUAUUUGUAGUCUGAUGUAGUCUUUUACUAUGUAAAUAUGUUAUAUUUUCUGCAUGUUGGGUAAAUGUGAUUUACAAGUUAUUUAUUUUUGACCUGACCGCUGUAAAAACACCAUCUCAAGUGGAAUUAUUUGGAAUAUGCAUUCAUUAUGACAUUAAUUGUGACAUUUACAAAACAGAAUAUCAUGAAGUACUUUUGUACUUUAAAAUGUUUAAAUUAAAGUCAUUUGAAUGGUGUGUGGUCCUCUGUCACUAAUG